AUACUCCCGACUCGACCGAGAGAGCGUUUGCUACUUUGAGAACGAGCGACGCGCGUCCCUGCGAGUUACCGUGGCAGCCGUCUCCGUCGUCAUCGUCGCCGCCGUCGUCGUCGUCGUCGCCCUCGCUGUCAUCUCGUCAUUGAUAUCGUCACACGUCGUAUCUCGUACACACGUUACGGUUCACGUUCGCGUCUCACGCGUCUUUCUCGGCCAGAGCCCGGUGUAGUUGUCGCGGUCUGUUCUCCGUUUUGUUGUGACAUGAAGACACCGUCGUCGUGAACCAGUGAGCAGGUCGGUACAAACUCAGUACGACGAUCAUCGUCGUUGUCGUCGUCGUCGUCGUCAUCGUCUGCGCAGCGACUGUCGCCGUCUCGGUGGUUGUCGUUCUCGUUAUCGUCAUCGUUACGAGCGACCGCGGUCGAGUUAAAAGUCUUCGCGAUGGAUCGGUGAAAAUAAGAUACGCCAUCAAUUGUGGACUGUAAGUUUGUUAUGGACACGGAAAUUCGUGCGCGUGUGAGGACUGAAAAAAUCGUGUGACUGUGUGCUGAGACGCGUCAUCUCUCUGUUUGCAGUGAUAAGCGACACGUUUGAAGAACGCUAGUUGAACGUAAAUUUCGUGUCGUGUAUCGCGAUUACAAAUAUACGUCACUUAUCAGAGCGUCUGCGAAAGUUCGCGAAGAGGAUCGUGGAAGAAGCGGCUUUAACAUGCAUUGAAAAGGAUUCACGCUCGUUCGCACGAGUCUCACCGAUAUUCGCCAGCGGGCGAACGCAGUGGCACGGGCUGACGUAAACGUCAAGAGGCACGGAGCCGCAUCGCCGGACGACAAGGACGCGCCGGAGUGUCACGUCGUCUCUACGAGUCGCAGGAAGUACAGGGACGCGCGUUUCCGACCCUCCAUGGACCACGGAGCGAUGGACAGCUCUUCCGACCACAGCAGCCGUGCCAGUCCCGUAACCGGCAGUCCGAAACACCCGCACAGCCCGUCGACACAGCAGAAUCAGCAGCAGCAGCAGCUCCACGGCAGCCAGCAUCAACCGCCGCCGUCUCAUCAACAAUCGCACGGGCGCGAUCAGAUCCGCGAUCAUCAGCAACAGCAGCAUCGCGGCGUGCCGACACCGGGAUCGCCUACGAGAGGUUCACCGCCCCAGGGCCUUCCUCUGAGUCCACCGCCGUUGUCGGCCGGCGGAGGACCCGGGGCGCCGCCGGGGAUGGUGCCUCGUAUGCCAGGAUUACCGCCGCCGGGACUGGGACUCUUGGGCCAGCUCGGUGGCAUGCUGAGCGGACACCAUGGCUCGCCGCUCGAGCUUAUGGCAGCCCAUCACGCCGUUCUGCCGCCGCGAUCGUACAACAGUCCGCCGCCGAUCAGCACCAGCGAUCCCACCGCCAACGAGUGCAAGCUGGUCGACUAUCGCGGCCAGAAAGUCGCGGCGUUCAUCAUCGCCGGCGACACGAUGCUCUGCCUGCCGCAGGCCUUCGAGCUCUUUCUCAAGCACCUCGUGGGCGGCCUUCACACAGUCUAUACGAAGCUCAAGCGCCUGGAUAUCGUGCCGUUGGUGUGUAACGUCGAGCAAGUUAGGAUCCUGCGCGGCCUCGGAGCCAUCCAGCCCGGCGUUAAUCGGUGCAAGCUGCUCAGCUGCAAGGACUUCGACAUUCUUUAUAGGGACUGCACCACGGCCAGCUCCAGGCCAGGAAGACCCCCAAAGCGAGCUUCCGUUGGGUUGAGCCUCGCGGCCAGCCACCUAGCCGCCGCGGCUGGCCAUCAUCCGCAGCACUCCCUGAAGAAGCACAGGAUGGACAACGGCGAUUACUACGAGAACGGACACCUCGACGUGCCGAGGAUGGAGAAGUCACCGCUCCUGGCGAACGGAUACAAUCACCCGCCCACGCACCUGAGCCACAUGCAGUUCAUGCAGCUCGGCGCGCAUCCAGGUGCAGGACACACCGCCAUCCUGUCACCAGCCAGUCUACCGCAUCACCUGCAGGCGCAGGCACAGGCUCGCGCCGAGCAGGGUCUCAAGGUCAAUCCGAAUAUGACCAACAUGGAAGCCCUCGCAAGGUCCGGGACGGUUUGGGAAAACUGCCGAGCUGCCUAUGAAGAUAUUGUCAAACAUCUCGAAAGGAUCAAAUUCCAGCGCGGCUUUGUGCACCACGACGACGACGAAGACGACGACGACGACGACGCGACUCUGAUGAUUCGCCCUUAUUAUCGUCGAUUCGCCGAGCGACCGGCCAAUUUCGGAGAAUCGCGAACGAUCGAGGAAGCGAGAAUGGAUCCACGCGAGGUUGGGAGAGCGGAUUUCUACCGUGGAAACCACCUCGGAUUGUGCAGGCGUCAGAGUCAAUUGCAAGAAGCGCGCCGGCUCCGCGAGGAGAGAAGCGACGCCGAGAGAGCGCUGGCUUUGGACCACAAACCCAGGGAUCUCAGCUCGCACAAUGGCUCCUCCAACGGCCACAGCCCGGUUCUAAAUCUCUCAAAAACAGCGGGAAGCGGAAGCGUGGGCGAACAGUCCGGAAGCGAGGCGGGCGCGUCGCAUCGUUCUCAAGACGACGAGGAGGAAGAUGACAAUCUGUCAGAAGACCUCGAGGACGACAACGAAAAGGACGAAGAUCUGUCGGACGUGCCGGAGAACCUGCCGCUGCCGGCGCCGGGCUCGGAAAGUCCCCCCCAGGCCCUGAACUACUCUCAGAUAGCUUCGGCGGCGGUCGCCGUGUCUCAGAGCGCCCAGGAUCCCUCGGUCUCGAGUACGGAGACCCUGCUGAGGAAUAUCCAGGGUCUGCUCAAGGUCGCGGCCGAUAACGCGAGGCAGCAGGAGAGGCAAAUCAACUACGAGAAAGCCGAGCUGAAGAUGGACGUUCUUCGGGAGCGAGAGGUCAAGGACAGCCUGGAGCGGCAGCUCCAAGACGAGCAGAAGGUGCGAGUGGUGUACCAGAAACGGUUAAAGAAGGAACGAAGAGCGAGAAAACGGUUGCAGGAGCAACUGGACUUGGAGAUCAAGAGGCGCACGCAAUUGGAAGAGGCUCUCAAAGCCACGGGAGCAUCCUCGGAGCAAGUCAGAGCGAUUACCGAGAACGUCACGGCGGAGGCGCGCACAAGUUCGGAGCCGCCGGAAGCUAGCCCGGUGCACUCCCAGUCGCAGCAGCAGUCCUCGCAGCAGCCGCCGCCGCAGCAACCCCAUCAACAGCAACAGGCAGCGGCUCAGCAGUACCGGGAGGCACAAGUGCCGCGUCCUUCCCAGCAGCCGUCGACGCCGGAGAAGCCCGCAUGGGGAUACGGGCUGGAUCUCAUCGGUAGCCAGGCGUCGGCAUUCUGGCAAAACUACCAAGAAUCGCUCGUGCAGGAACUCGAGCUGGAAAGAAAAUCGCGGCAACACCAAGCGGCCGAGAGGGACCAAGUCAAGUCUCCUCUUCAAGAAUCGCGAACGGGUUACUACAAGAACUCCGUUCUGUUCACGAGCGCGACCUAGAAGAGGCUAGACGAGGGCAAGCGAGGGCAGCAGGCAGAGCGUGCAGCGAGCAGCCGAAGCGAGUGAUCGAUCGGGCGAGGAGGGAAGCGCAAUUUGACACUACGAGAGGGGGAGACGGGGAGAGAGAGCGGACCUACACACAACGAGAAACGAAAAUCUUCGCAAGAAACAUGCGUGAUGGGGUCAACCGCGCGAGGAGAGACGCGCGGAUUCGUCAGUGAAGACGACGGCUCGUAACUCCGAGUGAUGAUUCGCGCGUGUGUGAGAUUUACAAGACGGCGUGCAGUGCGAACGCGCGAAUGCCGAGAGCGUCGAGAGGCUUCGCCGAGUAUCUUAUUCGUAAGAUGCGUAAGUUCCGGACAGAAUCACGCGAGCGUGAUCGACGAGGCGAUUCACGCAAUUUCGACGAACAAUAAAGCGCGCGCGCGCUUGUACAGAGCUGGCGGUUAGUGGCGUUCCCCGACGGUCGGCUGGAGAACUCGAGUACAGGCGAGGCUCUCGGAAAUCGAGAUCGGUCCGGUGGAUAUCGCGAUUAGGACGCGGACCGAUCGCACACAUAUCAACGACGCGACGUUCGCCGCGCAUCCGCGAUUACCCCCGAUUCACGGCGCGCGGCAAUCGUGAAGUCGCGUCGUUCGUUCGACGACGACGGAACAAAAGGGGAUUCUUUAUAAUGUACGUACCAUCGAUUAUAUUCGUGGUUGAUGACUCGAAAAUCAGCGCGAUCGUCUCGCGGUACCGAGACGAUCGCAGAUAACAGGGGCGGAAGAAAUCGCGAGAGCGAAGAGAGCGAGAAAGAGAGAAAAUGGGAGAGAGAGAAAGAGAGAAAGGGAUGGACGAGAGGGAGAGAAGAGAGGCAUAUUUCUAAAGACUGCUGGAGAGUGCGUGCGCGCGUGCAUGCGUUCCUAGAGGUACCUAUCUCCUAAUUAUCGAGCGAAUUAAUUAGCUAAUCGUUUUUAAGAGAUUCCGGGCGAUCGGGCCGCGCCGCACCGUCGUCGCGCGUAUCGCGAGGCGCGCCGAUUUCGAGUAUUAUUAUCAUUAUUAAUAUUAUUGCAUACGUCGCCGCGGCGACGGGAGGCCCGAUCCGAUCGCCAAUGCGAAACGAAUGUCGAGUCGCGGGCCCUCGUUGCGACAUCGGCCCGUCUUCGGCGACAUCGAUCGUGUGCGGUAUCGCGCGCGCGGAUCGACGCGACGAUCGCGACGACUUUCGAGAGAACGCUGUUCUCUCGUCGAGGACGCGGAGUGCAUUGCGGCGCCGAGAAUGCGCUGCCUUUUUAUAAAAUGCCGAUAAAAACGUGAGAGAUAACGAGCAUCCCUUUCCGGAUUCGGCAUGAUUAGAGCCGCGACUCGAGCGCUGUAUUAUAGAAAAUGAGAGAAAAAGGAGAGAAGAGAAAAAGAGUGACGCCACGAGAAAAUGAGCGAGUGAACGAGAAUAAAAAAGAGCGAGCGUCAACUAUAGGAAGACUGUGUAAGUGAGAGAGUGAAUGAGAGAGUGAGUGAGUGAGUGAGUGAGAGAAAGAGAGAGAGAGAGAGAGAGAAGAGAGA